CGUAUUGGUUUGGGGCUUGACAUCGGUAUUAUAAUUAUAAUCAAUAUUCAUUAACUGUGUUGAGUGUUCAUUAAACAAUUCGCAUUACUUAGGCAGGGGUUAUCUUAGUAACGCAUUAAUAUUCUAUCAUAUUAGAUGUUUGUUUUAGUUUUGUUGUGUUAAUUUAGUUAAAUUGUAUUUUAAUGUACAAAUUUGCUUAUUCUCUUUCAAUAAUUCAAUUAAUGUGAAAAACUGUGUUUACUUUGUCUUUAAAUUAUUUGUUGAAAUCAUUCAAUACUAUUUCGAAUUAAAUAUCAUGUUUUCAAACUAUUUACUGUAAAUAAUUAAUAAACAACAGUAAGAAAUUUUUCAAUAUGGCAGAUGAUUUAAGAAAUUACAAACUGCAGUUGCAACAGGUUGAAGCUGCUUUACUGACUGACCCACAAAAUGAGGAACUUUUGAAACUUAAAACAGAUUUGGAAGAAGUAAUUGAGUUAACACAAGAUCUGAUAAAAACUCAAGAGGGUGAAUCCAAAAUUCAUAGUUCUAGUAAUGAUGAUGAUGUUACAGCUUCCCUGCUGGCUGCUGAGAAUGCUGCUAUUCCUGGGAGGUCAAUAUCUAUGUGGCAUGUUGGAGAAAAAUGUCUUGCGAAGUGGAAAACAGAUGGAAUGUUUUAUGAAGCUUCUAUUGAGGAAGUUAACGCAAGCAGUUUGAAAGUGAAAUUUGAUGGUUACACAACACUCGAACCUAUUUCUUUAAACGAUGUGAAGUCUAUUGGGUCUGGAACUAAGAGACCUUCUAGUGGAGAUGAAGGAAAACCUGCUAAAGGGUAUAAUAGAGAAUAUUUAAAAAAGAAGAAGCAGAAGAAACAACAAAGGUUUAAGCAAAUAGAGGAAGAAAGAGAAAGUGAGAAAAAUAAAUGGCUUAAUUUCCAUACCAAGGCAUCUAAAAAGCCAGGAAUUAGGAACAAGAGUAUAUUUGCAUCACCAGAUAAUUUAGAAGGCAGAGUUGGAAUUGGUACUUGUGGUAUAUCAGGCAGACCAAUGACAGAAUAUACUCCCGGUGAAAAGUGGAAAAAAGGAAGUGGAUAAAUUUAAUAAAUAGUUUUCAAUUAAUUAGGCUAUAUGUAUACUUAUGUCACUAAUAAAAGUACUACUUAUUUUGUA